AUGGCCCUUGUGGAUAAGCACAAAGUCAAGCGACAGCGAUUGGACAGAAUUUGCGAAGGUAUCCGCCCCCAGAUCAUGAACGGCCCCCUGCACCCCCGCCCCCUGGUGGCACUGCUCGACGGCAGAGACUGCACCGUGGAGAUGCCCAUCCUGAAGGACCUGGCCACCGUGGCCUUCUGCGAUGCACAGUCCACCCAGGAAAUCCACGAGAAGGUUUUAAACGAGGCGGUCGGCGCCAUGAUGUAUCACACCAUCACGCUCACCAGGGAAGACCUGGAGAAGUUCAAGGCCCUGAGAGUGAUCGUGCGGAUAGGCAGUGGCUACGACAACGUCGACAUCAAGGCUGCAGGCGAACUCGGGAUCGCCGUGUGCAACAUCCCGUCCGCGGCGGUGGAGGAGACGGCGGACUCGACCAUCUGCCACAUCCUUAACCUGUACCGGCGGAACACCUGGCUAUACCAGGCGCUGCGGGAAGGCACGCGGGUGCAGAGCGUCGAGCAGAUCCGGGAGGUCGCCUCGGGGGCCGCGCGCAUCCGCGGGGAGACGCUGGGCCUCAUUGGCUUCGGUCGCACAGGGCAGGCGGUUGCCGUUCGAGCCAAGGCCUUUGGAUUCAGCGUCCUAUUUUAUGACCCCUACUUGCAGGAUGGGACGGAGCGGUCCCUGGGCGUGCAGAGGGUCUAUACCCUGCAGGACUUACUGUACCAGAGCGACUGCGUCUCCCUGCACUGCAAUCUCAACGAACAUAACCACCACCUCAUCAAUGACUUCACCAUAAAGCAGAUGAGGCAAGGCGCCUUCCUAGUGAACGCGGCCCGCGGAGGACUGGUGGAUGAGAAAGCCUUAGCCCAAGCCCUCAAAGAAGGCAGGAUACGAGGGGCGGCCCUCGACGUGCACGAGUCGGAGCCUUUCAGCUUUGCUCAGGGUCCCUUGAAAGACGCACCGAAUCUCAUCUGUACUCCCCACACAGCCUGGUACAGUGAGCAAGCCUCACUGGAGAUGCGGGAGGCAGCCGCCACCGAGAUCCGCCGGGCCAUCACGGGUCGCAUCCCAGAGAGCUUAAGAAACUGUGUGAACAAGGAAUUCUUUGUCACAACAGCUCCCUGGUCAGUAAUAGAUCAGCAAGCAAUUCAUCCAGAGCUCAAUGGUGCCACAUACAGAUACCCGCCAGGCAUCGUGGGCGUGGCUCCGGGAGGACUUCCUGCUGCCAUGGAAGGGAUCAUCCCCGGAGGCAUCCCGGUGACCCACAACCUCCCCACAGUGGCACAUCCCUCCCAAGCUCCCUCUCCCAACCAGCCCACGAAACACGGGGACAAUCGAGAGCACCCCAACGAGCAAUAG